AUGGCCGAGAAUACGCGCAUGAAAGAACUCGCCGCCGAAGUGAACCGUCUCAAAGAUCUACCGGAAACUAUGAACAAAAUGGUGGAAGCUUUGAACCUUCAAGAUAAGGAGAUGAAGAAGCUUAUGGAGCUAUUAGCUACUCGUGAGAAAGACCACGCUACUCGUUUUGAGACACUGGAGUCAAAUCUGGACUCACUACUUCGAUUGGGAGUCACACAGAAUACUGCUUCGUCGCAUCCACCAUUUCAGGUGCGAAACGUCAAACUAGAUUUUCCCAGAUUUGAUGGAGCUGAUGUGUUACAAUGGAUUUUUAAGGCUGAGCAAUUUUUUGGCUAUUAUCACACUCCUGAUGACCAGAGACUCACUAUUGCUGCCAUACACCUAGAUAAAGAGGUAGUUCCUUGGUUUCAAAUGCAAAUGCGUGAUAAUGCUUUUCCAACUUGGAUUGCUUUUACUAGAGCUCUGGAACUGGAAUAUGGACCUUCUCCCUAUGAAUGUAUCAGAUCUAGUUUAUUCAAAUUGACUCAGGAAAAUUCUGUUCAGAAUUACUAUGUGAAGUUCACAAACUUGGCUAAUAGAGUACAGGGGGUUACUGCUGAAGCUCUGUUAGAUUGCUUUGUGGGGGGACUCAAACCUGAUAUUAGACGUGAUGUUCUUGCUCAAAAUCCAACCACGUUACUGAGAUGUGUGUCACUGGCUAAACUCUAUGAGGAAAAAUACAUAUCCAAGCCGAAACCCUAUCACAACACCUCUAGCCGUAAUACACCAGCCACCAACCCAAAUCUCUCUCAAUCCCUCAAAACGACCAGUUUACCCCCACUUCUACCUAGUCCCACCAAUACCACACCCAUAAAAAAGAUGACCUCUGCAGAAAUGCAACUUCGAAGAGAAAAAGGACUAUGUUUUACAUGUGAUGACAAGUUCACUCCUUCGCAUAGAUGUCCAAAUAGGCAAUACCUGUUGCUGCAACUUGAAGAAGAGGAAGUUCUUCCUGCACAAGAAUCUGCUCCUAGUGAGCUACCCUUGGAAUCUCCAAUUUUAUUGGAACCUCACUUGUCUUAUAAUGCUUUGAAAGGUGCCUCCGGGUUGGGGACUAUGCGAUUUAACGGUUUGAUCAAUGGAGUACAAGUCCAGGUGCUCCUUGAUAGUGGUAGCUCCAAUAAUUUUUUGCAACCUAGAAUUGCUCAUUGCUUAAAGCUGCCUGUUGAGCCAAUUCCAGAAAUUAAAGUUUUGGUAGGGAAUGGUCAUGCUCUUCAUGCUGAAGGCCUUGUCAAUAAUCUAGAGGUGAAGAUUCAAGGGAAUUCUCUCAUUUUACCAGUUUAUUUACUUCCAGUUUCGGGUGCUGAUUUGGUCCUUGGAGCUUCUUGGCUCUCAACUCUAGGCCCUCACAUAGCAGAUUACAGCAAGUUGACCAUCAAGUUUUUAUCAAACAACCAAUUCAUUACAUUAUAUGGGGAUUAUACUCAAUUACCAUCACAAGCUCACUGCCACCACCUUAAAAGAUUCCACCAAACUCAAGCCAUUGCUGAAUUAUAUUCCCUUCAUUUUUCUUUCAACACAGUUUCCACUGACCAACCUCUGGACUUGCCCACAAAUAUUGCCCCUGAUCUAGCCAUCUUGUUGCACACGUACAAACAAGUCUUUUCCAUUCCCUCUGGUUUACCUCCAUACCGACUUCACAACCACUCAAUUCCCUUAAUUAAGGGUGCCCAACCUGUGAAAGUUAAGCCAUAUAGAUACCCCCAUAGUCAAAAGGAACAGAUUGAAAAAAUGGUGAAAGAUAUGUUGGAUGAUGGUAUAAUUUCUCCUAGCAAUAGCCCUUUCUCUUCUCCCAUCAUAUUGGUUAAGAAGAAAGAUGGCACUUGA